GUCACGAAUAGAGUGUAACGGAUAGUAUCCACAGCCGGAGCCUUCAUUCGUCUAUAAAGGUCUGCCUAGGGGAGGCUGGUCCACCCUCAAUUCGCAGAGUUGGCUCCGUUCCCUCAUACUUUCAUUCUACACCAUAGUAAAUAGCUUAUAUCAUGGUUUCUACUCAGUACACUGACGGACGUCAAGAAAAACGCGUCGAGAACUAUACCAAGUUCUGGCAAAAGGACCUUGGCAACGAGGGUGAAGUGGAUAAUCAAAACCGUGUUGAGAGCUACACCGACGUUGUAAAUGGCUACUACGAUGGGGCGACGGAGCUGUAUGAGUAUGGUUGGGCCCAGUCCUUCCACUUCUCGCGAUUCUACAAAGGAGAGGCUUUCGCAGCAUCCUUGGCCCGCCAUGAACACUACCUCGCAGCCCAAAUGUCGCUUCGCCCUGGCAUGCGCGUACUAGAUGUUGGGUGCGGUGUCGGUGGUCCCGCACGCGAGAUUGCUCGGUUUGCGGACGUCUCCAUCGUUGGCUUGAACAACAACGACUUUCAGAUCCAGCGCGCUCGGAAGUACACCCAGAAGGCUGGUCUUCAGGACCAAGUGAGUUUUGCCAAGGGUGAUUUUAUGAAGCUGUCGGAACAGUUUGGCGAGAACUCAUUUGAUGCUGUGUACGCCAUUGAAGCCACUGUUCAUGCACCUACGUGGGAGGGGGUGUACGGGGAAAUAAUGAAGGUUCUGAAGCCUGGAGGAGUGUUCGGCGUCUACGAGUGGUGCAUGACCGACGCGUGGGAUCCAUCAAUCCCGGCACACAAGGAACUCGCACAUUCCAUCGAGUAUGGCAAUGGUAUCCCAGAGAUGCGCCACCUGAAGAAAGCCCGUGAAGCCAUGAUCAACGUCGGCUUCACGAUUGAGCAUGAAGAGGAUCUUGCUGAACGCCCUGAUGAAGUUCCGUGGUAUUACCCACUUGAAGGCGAUAUCUGGAAGGCCCAGACUGCCUGGGAUUAUUUCACCGUUUGGCGAAUGAGCUGGAGCGGCAAGCUCGUUUCACACACCGCAAUCAAGCUCAUGGAGAUGGUUAAUCUUAUGCCAAAAGGCACUCAUGACGUUGGCGAAUCCCUCAAGGUGGCUGCUGAUGCGCUCGUGAAGGGUGGCCAGACCAAGCUCUUCACGCCCAUGUACCUCGCAAUUUGCCGCAAGCCCGCGCUUUCUGAAGGAUGAGCUGCACACUUCACUGGACAAUGCCACAUAUAUAUUACGUAUAUACCCGCUGCUAAUACUUACCCUACAUAGAACCAUGCACGAAUGUCUUUGACCUUGAGCUUGAACCUAAGGUAAUCCGAAACCACAAAUGAUUAAAGAGUCCGCGCUAGUUCCGCACGGUGAUAAGCAUAGUCCCAUUGGGAACGAUCCUUCGGGCGU